UCAACUCACAGGGCCAAGGGGGCAGUGAGGGUCAAGAGCCAGGACAGCGGCUCUGCCCGUGUCCGUUCCUACUGGUGAGUGGCUGGGAAGGGCCAUGGAGAGCAACACUGAGGAACGGCCCCUCUCUCCACAAAUGGCCUAUGAGCACCUGUCGCUGGAGGUUAUCGAGCGCUGGAUACUGAUUGGCUUCCUCCUGUGCCAUGGCUGCCUGAGCUCGAACCCGCAGUGCCUGGAGCUGUGGAAGCUGGGCCUGCAGGGCUCGCUCUACAUCAGCCUCAUCCGCGACGAUGCCCUGCAGCUCCACAGGGUCACCGAGGAGUUCUUCGGCCAUCUGAAAGGGUACGGGAAGUGGGUGACUGAUGUCAAGGAGUGCAAGGAGCACGCUGUGACACACAGUGGCCAGUUGCACCGGAACCGGUGGGCUUUCUUAUGCAACGCAGUGCGGGAGCUGGAGGUGCUGCUGAGCCACCAGCCGGGGCUGCUGGACCCUAAGAUGAGGGGGCAGGGCCGGCUGGAACUGAGAAGGGGAGUGAGCGUGUCUGUGUGCAUGCGUGUGCAUGCGUGUGAACAUGCUCUCUGCGUCUUCGUGGCGCUCUCCUUGUGCCGUGACGAGGUGAACUGGCUGGUGCGUCACGCUGAGCAUAUCACCAAGACCAAGACCCCUGAGGACUAUGCUGACAGUUGUGCUGAUGGGUCCUUCUACCUCAACAGUUUCUAUGUCCGCACCUUCGAGAAGCUGUUUGCUCUGACCAUGGAGGAGCCGGCCAUGCUGCGCUUCACCAUCGUCUUCCCGCUUGUCUGCAGCCACUUUGCCCACGGCACCCACCCCAUGUGUCCAGAGGAGUAUCCCCACCUGAAGAGCUGCAGCCUGGGUCUAUGCAACAGCUUCCUGGAAGAGAUCGCCAAGCAGGCUGCCAACUGCAUCAUGGCAUGUGCCGAGCAGCGCAAACUCAGUGAGCAGCUACUGCCCAAACACUGCACCUCCAUCAUCAGCAAGGCCCAGAACAAGAAGGCCCAGAAGCAGCCCCGCAACAAGGGGGAGCCGGAGCGGGACAAGCCAGGGGCUGAGAGCCAGAGGAAGGACCGGAUCAUGGUGAGCAACAUGGACAAGCUGCACCAGGUGCUGAGCGAGCUCUCCCUGAGCAUCAACCACGUCCCCAGCUUCACCGUGUUCGAGCGCAUGGUCACACCGGCCGAAUAUCUCAGCAGCCACCUGGAAACGCGGCUCAACAGAUCCUUCGUGUGGAUGGCCAGCUACAACCAGGCUACGCAGGAGAUUGCGCGGCCCUCUGAGGUGCUGGCUGGCCUGUGCUCCUACCUCGCCUUCAUCCAGUCACUGAGGCAGUUCACGUGCGUGGACUCCAGCCGCAUCAUCCACAAUGUCCUGCUUCAGCAGACACAACCCCUGGACUCCAGCGGGGAGCAGACCCUCACCACCAUCUACACCAACUGGUACCUGGAGGCGCUGCUGCGCCAGGCCAGCACUGGGACCAUUGUGCUGUCCAGGGCUGGCUCCAGACACCAACCCAUCAAGCACGUGCUUUGGGCAGCACUGGAGACCAGGCGGCCCUCGGGGUUUGCUGCUGACCAUGUGCUGAAAAGAAUGACCAUCAUCGGGGGGAUCCUGAGCUUCCGCUCCAUGGCACAGAGUGGGCUGCUGAG